AUGACAUCUGAGUUGAAUUUUGAGUAUGUGAAUGAAGAUUCAAUUGAUCGUUUACUUAAAUGUCGAAUAUGUUCAAAACCUUUUAUUGAUCCAGUAAUAACAAGAGAUGAUGAUCGAUUUUGUCGUAAAUGUAUCAUUCAAAAAGCAUCUAUCAAUGAUUCUAAACAUUUUGAUCAACAAUCAUCAUUUAUUGAAAAUUUAGUUCCCAUUGAAGAAAAAAUUCUUCUUGAUAUGCUCGAUGUUCUUCUUGUAAAAUGUACAAAAUGUCAACAAAUAAAUAAUCGUCGAAUUCAUUUAGAAGAACAUAUUUCUAAUAAAUGUCCAAAAAGAAUCGUUUUAUGUAAAGCUUCUGAUUUAAAAUGUCCAUGGAGUGGCCCAUAUGAAGAACGUUAUAAUCAUAUGAAACAGUGUACUUUUCAAUUAUUAAGACCUAUUUUAACUGAGGCUUUACAAUGUCAAAAACAAUUAGAACAAUAUAGAAGAUCUUAUAAUGAACAACAACAUGAAAUUGAACAAUUAAAAAAACAAAUUCAAAUAUAUGAAAAUCGAACUGAAAAAUUACAAAAAGGAUAUACAAUAUUAUUAGAAUUAUUAUCUCAACAAACUCGUCGUUGUACAACAUUCGAAAAAGAUAUUCAACAAAUUCGAGAACAAUCUAAUCAAGAAAAUAUUCAACCAAUUGAAUUAAAAAAAGAAAUUGAACAACUUAAAGAACAGUAUCAUCAAAUAAUAAAUAUUCCUUCUAAUGAAUUUCAAACUGAACUUCAUCGAUUAAAUCAACUUGAACAAACAAUUAAUGAUUUAUCAACAAAAUGUCAACAAUUAGAUGAACAAUAUCAAUAUCAAAAUCAACAAAUAAUUCAACUUAAUAAAUGUCAAUUAGAAAUAAAUCAACUACAAAAAGAAGAUCAAUCUCAAAAAGAAGAAAUCAAAGAUGUUCAACGAAAAUUUAGUCAAUAUGAAACUCAAAUAUUGUUGUUGGCUAGAAAAAAAUGUUUAACAUCAACAACGGCCACACUUCACGAUGCAAGAGUUGAAGAACUAAUUGAAUCAUUUCCAUCUGAUUCAGAAAUUACUUUAAAUGGACAACAAUUAAACGAUCGAGAUAUGGAAUUUAUAUGUAAAAAAGGAAUUAUUGAUAAACGAUGUUGCAAACUUCAAUUAGAAUAUAAUAGUAUUUCGGCCAAAGGUGCUACAAAUUUAGCUGAUGGAUUAUAUGGCAAUACAACUCUAAUGGAAUUACAACUUUCUAAUAAUCGCAUUUCUGAUAUUGGUGCACAUGCUCUAGCACAAGUACUUAGUAUUAAUAAUUACACACUUGACUUGUUAGAACUUCAUUCGAAUAAUAUUACAGAUGAGGGUGCUGAAUAUUUAGCACAGAUGCUCAAAAUAAAUAAAACAAUUACACUAUUAGGAUUAGGUUCUAAUCGAAUUGGUGAUCGUGGUGUACGACUAUUGACUAGUGCAAUCACUUGUUAUAAUGAAACUCUUCAAUGGUUACAUCUUUCUUCUAACAAAUUAAUAACUGAUGGAUGUGUUAAUGAACUUAUUGAAAUGCUUAAAAAUAAUCACUCAUUGUAUGCAGUUUGGCUGAAUGAUUGUAGAAGUACACGAGACAGUACACUGCCAUUUAUAUUUUACUUGCUUGUAUUAUUUUUUCAAAAUCCAAUGAAGUGUGUACAACUUUCAAAUACUACUAAUUCAACUAGUAAUAUACUAAAAUAUAUUGCUCUCGGUGCAUCUGAUACUGUUGGUGUAGGAACAUCACAACCAUCUAAAGAUGGUUGGGUACCAAAAUUUGCUUCAUUAAUCAAUGCACAAGAAACAUUAAAUCUUGGACGAAGUGGAUCAACUCUAUCUGAUGCUAUACGUGAACAAUUACCAAAAGUACUUGAUCAAAAACCAAAUGUUAUAACAAUUUGGUUAGUUGUCAAUGAUUUUAAUCAACAAAUAUUUAAUCCAUCAAUAUUAUUAAAUUAUAAAUCAAAUUUAAAUCAAAUGUUAUCUCAAUUACGAACAAAAUCUGAUAAAAAUACGCGAAUACUUGUUGGAAAUAUACCAGAUCUAUCACAAAUCAAUAUUUAUAAAGCAUUCGGAAUACCACAACAAUAUCUUAGUAUCCUAGUUAAACAAUGGAAUGAUGUUAUUGAUGAAAUAGUAAAAAAAUAUCAAUGUGAACUUGUUGAUUUAUUUGCAUAUUGGAAAGAAUUAGCUGUACAUCCAGAAUAUAUUUCUUUUGAUGGAUUUCAUCCAUCUGCAAAUGGAUAUACUAGACUUGCAGAAGUAUUUUAUCAACAAUAUUCAAAAAAAUAA